AUGACUUCUCAACACUCAGGUAUUGCGGCUUCCUUCGCGGCCAUAUCAUCUCAAACAUCCCUAGUGGCUGAUUCAUCAGCUGCCAGCGACAACGGAGAUUCUGACAUCGGAGAAACGUAUACUUCGCCGCUGUCGCCUUCUCAAUUUAAGAAGAAGAAGCGUACAUCGAAGAUAUGGGACCAUACGCCUUUCGGAAAAAACGAGAUCGUCCGUAAUACGGAAGGUCAGAUUAUCUGGCGUUGCAAAUACUGCAAAGGGAAGCCUGCCGAAUAUCUCGAAAAUGGAGGCACAGCUCAUAUCUACAAGCACCUUAAAUCGCACAAUACUCUUGGUAUAUUGACGCCCAACGAAGAAAGGGCGGCUAAAACAAGGAACCAUCUUGAGGAGGCUUUCUCACGGAUGUCUCAAAGCGCGAACCCCCUUAAACGCCGUCGACACGAUGACGAACCGACAGAUCUCAACGCUGAUAAAUUUGAGCAACUGUAUGUAAAGUGGAUUGCGGACUGCGGGGUCGCACUUCGUAUGGCAACAAGAGAAACUUUUCGAGCCGUACUCAAGUUCCUCAAUCCUGGCGUGCUCUCAAUCUUACCUACGUCACAUCAGACGAUUCGCGAGUGGGUAAUGCGAACGUUCGAGACGCAAAAGCGGCGUAUGCGGCAAGUUCUUCAAUCAGCCGUCUCGAGAAUACACUUCACCGUCGAUUUGUGGUCCUCUCCAAAUAAGCUUGGCAUCCUUGGCGUUGUUGCACACUUUAUUGACAGCAACGGCGAGUUGGUUUCCUAUUGCGUUGCUCUACGAGAGGUGCAUGGUAAGCAUUCAGGGGAGAACCAGGCUCAGAUUGUGAUGGAUGUUGUCGAGGACUACGGAAUUGUCACCCAGGUUGGAUAUUUUGUUUCGGACAAUGCAGAUUCAAAUGAUACAUUGAUGAAUACUCUACAGAACUUGUUAAACGAGAGGCAUGAUAUCUUAUAUGACGCGAAACAUCACCGCCUUCGUUGCAAUGGUCAUACUAUCAAUCUGGCAGCACACGCAUUUAUGUUUCCAAAAGCGGCACCAGUGGAAGCACCUACGAAAAAUAAGAUCAAGAAGGAGACCACGAGCGAAUAUAUCAAACCUUCAGAAUCUGAUAUAUUGAAAUGGAGGAAGGCUGGUCCUCUUGGCAAGCUCCACAACAUCGUUGUUUUUAUCCGGUGUAGUCCCCAACGUAUACAGAGGUUUAAAGAGAUCAGCGACAAGAAGGGACUUCUUCGCGACAACGAUACAAGGUGGAACUCCAAGUACUAUAUGACCGCGAGAACUAUUGAACUUGCAGAUCAAAUUGAUUACUUUUGUUCCAAGGAGAAGGACCUGAAGCUUGACUCCCUUUCAGAGCAAGACUGGGUUGAGCUGAGAAAAGUUUGCAAUUUCCUCAAAUCAUUCGCUGAUGCAACCAAGGCUACAGAAGGUCACGCGCAUACGAUUGACCGAACGUUGCCGAUAAUGGACUUCCUGCUUAGUAAAUUUGAGGCUGCACGAAUCGAAUACGGAAAUGACGCCUUUAUGGCGCCAUGCGUUGAGGCAGGGUGGGCGAAAUUCGACGCGUAUUACACUCUUACAGAACGUUCAUCUGCAUAUGUUGCAGCCAUUGUCCUCAGUCCUCAUAGAAAGUGGCACUACUUUGAUGUCGCCUGGGAGGACCAUCCUGAGUGGAUUGAAAGUAGUAAGACCGCCGUAGAAGGUCUCUGGAAGUCUCGUUACGCACCAGUCGCCAAAAUGGCUGAGUCGGGAGCUCAGUCCCUGGUUGACAAGCCGCUGGUGAGUAAUUCGUUCCUUGCAUGGGAAGAUGACCAAGAAGAUCUCGGUCUUCCUACCCAAUUUGACGAGUAUCAGAAUUAUAUAUCAGGUCCAAGGGUCAAGGUAAAAGACGUACGAAAGUGGUGGCUUGAAGACACACAACAAACACUCUAUCCAAACCUGUCCAAAAUGGCGCUUGAUCUUUUGUCAAUUCCAGCGAUGUCUGCCGAGCCAGAGCGCCUCUUCUCUGACACUAAAAUCACCCUUCAGGAUCGCAGAAAUAGGCUAGGUAUUGACAUAAUUGAGGCAAUUGAGUGCAUAAAAUCCUGGUCGAAGACUCACGAAGUGGCUUGGGUUGACGACAUUGGACUUGUUUUGGAUUCAGCAAUAAUGGAAGAGGGUGAGCAACGGGCGACAUAG